GACAGCGAAUUUACAUACAGUGCAGAUCAACUUUUGGCGACAUUCCAAGAUCAAAGUGAAUAUCAAAAACCUCAUCAUUGACAGUUUACUCCUCGGAUGACAUGCUAUACCGCCUAUACACUCCAUUUCUCAUCACUCCAUCAAGCCCAUAGACUCGUUCGUUGCUUCUGCCAUCAUCAUCCCAUCCCAUCCAGUUCAAUUUAUUAUCCACGAGGGGCCGAGCGCAUUACUCCUGACGCAGAAAACACAGCAUACAGCAUACAGCAUACAGCAUACAGCAUAUGAAACCUGCGACCAAAUACGAAUAGAUAGACAGCGAAUGUGACUCGUUGAACUAUCGGCGGCGCAAGAUGGCCGAGGGAGAUGAUUUCACAAUGUCAAGUUUGUCAACAAUGUCGGCAACGGAUUCACGACCCCAAACUGCACGACAGGAUACGGAAAGCGAGGCAUUCAACUUUCAUAGCAUGGGGAACCAUAUGGCAGAUAGGAGUGAUAACGAUGACUCAAUGUCUAUGAACUCGCAGGCUUUUGAGGGGAAUAAUCGAAUACAAUCUCCUGACCCUACGAAUUUACCUACUCUGUCCCCUCCAGCUGAUAGCAGUAUGCUUUAUGCUCAUAGCGAUAAUGGAGAUAAUCGAAGUGACGGUCUGCUGAGUGCUAUGGAUGCAAGAGCAAUGGAACAGCAUCUGGAUAAUGUCGAAUCGAGUUUUCUUCCGACUGUUUCACCAAUCGGUAAACAUGGCAAGGCUGGUGCUGAUGAUACAUAUUUAUUUGAUGCGAAUCGGAAUGGGGAAAAGUCCCCCGCACUUGAAACACAAACGCCCAAGAAGAACAUUAAUAGUAGUGAGAGUGAAGGUUCCGGUUCACCCCCUACACCAGAUGGUGCAUAUAAAACUCCUGGCCCUGCCCCUCGAUACGCUGUGCAAGUGGAAGAUGAUGAUUCGGAACAAAUUGGGAACACGACGUCUGCUCUCGAAACUCUUUCGUCAUCCCCAACAGCUGCCGCCGCUGCAAGAACUAUAUCUCGAGCAAUGUCAGCGGCAAGUAUGGGAGAGAAUUUCGAAUCAUCAUCACAAUCAACCUCUCAUUCAAAAGCACAAUCAGAUGAUGAGGACAUGGAGGCUACACCAACAAGAUCCAGCCAAAAUUUACGAGCAUUUUCCGAAUCAACGAAUGAUAGCUCAAGCCCGAACCACGAAUCAUUGACUCGAAGCAUAAACCAAAAUUUGGCGAUCGAUGCUGCUGCGACUCUUGGGGCUGCACUCUCCACAAGCAAUAAUUCUAGGCCUAAAUUUCUUCGAAGUCGACAUUCAAGUCAAAGAUCUUCUAUCUCUUCUUUCAUUACGAACCCUGAACAUAAUGACGAUCGAAGCGAUCUUACACCCGGUACAGAUUAUGCUUUGCAGUCUGGAGGCGCGGUCCCUUCGGCAGGAUUAUCGCGAAGUGGGAGUAUGACGUUAUCCAGGACUAUAAGCUUGGGAAGUAUGGCUUCGGGUAUAGAUGAGACUGCUGAUUCAUUUGGAAGAGUUGAAGGGCCAUUAGCGACUUUAGCUGAGGAAGAUAUGAAUCGUGGGAGGACUGAACAUCAAACAAAUUCCGCCCCCGAAACACCUCGAGCAGCUAGUCGACCUAUGGACCCACCCACUGAUACAAUCAUUGCACGACACGUUCGCAAUGUUCAAGUACCCGAAUCAAUGGUCAAAGGCUUUCGUACCAAACAUGGCGUACAUACACCCAGCAAGUCGGCAAGUUUUGCUGCAUCCACCCCAGGUCAUCGAAAUGGAAAAAAUCUCACCUUAAAAGAACAAAGUAGCACAAUUGAAAGAUUAUCCAAGGAGAACUUCGAUCUGAAAUUGAAAGUCAUGUUUCUCAGCGAUAGAUUAGACAAGCUCUCUGAAGAGGGUGUGAAGGAAAUGAUAUCCGAGAAUGUUGAACUCAAGACAGGUUUGGCGGUUAUGCAAAGAGAUAAUAAAGCUCUUCGCAAAAAGGUCAAGGACCUAGAGAAACAACUUAAGGAUGAUGAGGACCGACCAUCCACAGCUCGAUCGGGUACAUCUACGGAAGGAAGUCAAAGAUGGUACCAAGAAGGAGCUUUCGAACGGGAGGAAGAGCUUCUUUACCUACGAGAAAAGGUCGAGGAAUAUUUAACGGAAAUCGAGAGGUUGAGAAAUGAAAGCCUUUUUCGGGAAAAUGAAAAGAGGAAUCUCGCAGAUCUAGUUCGUACGAUGGGUGAAAGACGAGGUCAAAAUAUCGAAACACGAGAAGAAAUGGAUGUUUGGAAAGAUCUUCUUGAGCAAGAGACUGCCCGUAGAGAGCAGAGUGAUGACGAGAUAAAAGUGCUCCGAGAAGAAAUUUUCCGAAUGAAAUCAGAGGCGACAGCUGGAGGACAUGGAUUCAAUCAUGCAACUAAUAAUUACAACAUAAACAAAAGACAUGUGGGGUCACCUUCACAAUCAAACUCCAAUAUGUCUGAUCGCAUGCCAGAUGAGAGGAAUGGUACAUAUAGUACGGCAGGUACAUUGGUGGAGGAGAUCCGACGAGAUAACGAACAACUUCGACAUGAAAAUGCAGAGUUGAGACGGGAGGUUGGAGCACAAACAUCAAUGUUGACUUCACGGAAUCGCGAGAAGGAGAGGCUUUACCAAGAAAUUGAGGACUUGAAGCUUGGCCAGAGGAGAGGUGGUACCUCGGUGACUGGAGAGAGCAUUUUUGAACGAUCAGCAUCGCGAGCACAUGAACGAUCAUCAUCCAGGACCAGUGCAGGUACAAGACAGAUAAACAUGAAUGAGGCUGAACGUGAGGAAUUCGAGAAUAAGCAAGCCGAACUUCGAGAUAGAAUCAACAGUCUUAAGAUCCAUAACCAGGAUCUACAACGUGAACUUGAGUCUUGUAUGGAGGAUUUUGAGACGGCCGUUGAACAAAAGAAGGAAGCUGAGGGUCUAGCUCAGGAAUUGCAGGAAGCUUUGGAUGUUGCCGAGAAUGAUUUACUCACCAUGCAAGCUGACCGGGAUGAAGCCCUCCAAGGUCAAGAAGAAGCCGAAUUGAUGUUCAAAUCUUUACACAAAGAAGCUCAAGAAGAGCUUGAUGGGUUUGCGGCAGAGCAAGAGGAAGCUAAUGCAGAGAUUGAGCGUCUCCAGGCUGAAGUCGCUGAUGAGAAAGAGAAUUUCAAUGCUUUGCAGAACGAGAUGAGAGAAUUGAGUGAUAUUGUUGUUAGAUCGGAGGAUGAUCAUGAAAGGAAAUCCAAAAAAAUUCAAGAACUCGAAAGGGAAUUGGAUGAUGCCAAUAGGGAACUUGAGGAAAUUGAGAAGAAUUAUGUCGAAUCCAAUGAAAAGGUCAAUCGAUUGAAUGUCCAGCAAGAAUCGAGUCAAAAUGAGAUUGCAUUCCUCCGAGAAGAACAAGAUGGAGAUAAGAUUAAGAUUGGUGAUCUUGAGGCAGCUAUUCGGAAUCUGGAGCAAAGUCUCCAGGAAGAACAAGAACGUGCUAGGGAACUUGAUGAGCGUCUUGAUGAGGAAAGGCACCAAAGAGAAGUUGUUGCUAAUCAGGAAAAGCAAGAAAUUCAACAGUUCGUUAAUGACCUGAAUCGUGAAGCCACAACUGCCAAGGACGAAUCCAGAAAACUACGAAAGAGUCUCACUUCAAGAGAAGUCGAGGCUGCAGAGUGGAAGCAAAGACUUAUGGAACUUGAGAAUAAUCUCAGGGAGGCUCUUGGUGAUCUGAAUGGUACUAGGUCAAGUUUAUUGAAUGUGAGUUUAUUUCACCCCAUACUUCACAAUGCACUAAUCUAAUUCCUAUAGUCCAUCGCCAAACUUCAAAGAGAGCUCGAAAAUACUAUUCGAGACCUGGACACGGCCAAAGCUUCUCUUGCCGAAAAAGAACGUAUGAUCAAACAACGUGACGACCUCCUAGAAUCUCACGCACUCGAAUCCCGCAAAUUAGCGGAUAUGUUAGACAAAGAACGUUCAACACACCGCCUUACCAAGAAUCAGUACGAAACAUCUCAAAAGACGUCAUCACAUACCACACGAACUCUUUCACAACAAGAAUCUCGUGUUCUGGAAUUAGAAACAUCUCGUCAACAAGAUAGAAGAAAGAUAGCACAGCUAGAAAAUAAUUUCAAGGAACAACUUACUGAGAGGAAUAAUUUGUUAUUAAACAUGUGGAGUAGGUUGGCUAGUCUUUGUGGAACAGACUGGUCUCACAAUAACUCACUUAUUAAUGGUCGUGCUUUACCAUCCUUAGAAGCAGUUUCGACAAUGUUUCCAGGUUUCUCAAAGAACCUUCUAGCAGCUGUUAAAACCAUUGAAACUCUAGUUGGGGAUUUCCGAGGCAGAGUCAAAGAUUUGGAUAGGAGACUCUGGAAAGAAUACUCAACCCUAGAAAAUAGAUUUGAGAUGCAAACGAAGAAGUUGGACAGAUUAGAGACAAUGGCAAGAUCUGCAGUCCCGCUUAAUAGUAUGGACAGUAGAGCCGAAGUUGUCAAACUAAAAGAUUUAAACCGCAGUCUCAAAACGGAAAUCUCAAACCUCAAAGCAGCAAAUGAAGUUAGAACAGGUGUUUAUGAACCUACUUCUCCCUUCCCACCUGUACCUACAGGUCCGCGUCGGCGAAUCGAUAAUUCUUUAUCCAGAUCUUCAACCAUGACGCGACAUUCUUCAGCAUCAGCUCCUGCAUCAAAUAGUGCUCCUUCAAUUACAACAUCUAGUUCUAAUGCAAUGACGAGAACAGAAGGUGAAGAAGAAUAUAAACCAGAUUUAAGAUGGCAAGUUCGAUUACAGGAAUUGGAAUAUAAGUUAAAGGCGGAAAGGGAGGCGAGGAAAUUGGAUAGAAGUAGUGCGGCGCAGAGAUUAAGGGAAAAGGAUAGGGAGAACAAGGAGUUGGUGGAGCAGAUGGAGAGGGGGAGAGUGAGGAAUGGGAGGUUUGGCGGUGGUGGUGGUGGUGGUGGGGAGAAGAGUGGAUGAGUGGGGAAUUAGUGAUGAGAUGGGCAUUGGAGCGAACUUUCUUGACAUUUAAGAGGGAUAGGUAUCAUAGGCGUAGAGGAAAGGUGUGAAAAUGGGUCAUUGUAGGAUUAGGUGGGUACAAGGGAUAGGAUGGAUGGAUGGAUGGAUGGAGAAGGUAUACAUACAUAGGGUACAUAAGCUGGCUAGCUGGCGUUUUCCCC